AUGUCAAGUAAGAUUCAUCACACUGAUUUCUACCAUUCCAGAUAUUGUAAAUGGCAAAGAUAUAUUGGAGAACUAGACGAGGAUGAAAUUAAGAACUGCGCAGCAGAAAAUUUUAAUAUGAAUGAAGCCGCAUAUUGCUGUUCGCAUUGCAACUUUAUUACCAGAAAUGGACGAGAACAAAAUCUUGAAUCCUAUUUAAUGUGCUAA